UCCAGCUGCUGGACUCUGGGUUUAGUCUUGGCCAUCGCUUGCCUGGCGAGGGGAGCCAGCUACUACAGAAAGUGGGCAUUUCCACCACCGCCCACCUACCCUGCCCCGCCUCUCCACCCACUGCCCCAAGAACAUACCGAGGCGGGUACACACUCUGCCAGGAAGGAUGGGCACUCUGACAUCGAAUGGCACCAGCCUUUGGGCUAACGAGAGCCGGACAGCUGCCUCCGAGCAUGCUAGGUCUCCUUGGGUCAACUACACCAACCAGUUUGUGCAGCCUUCCUGGCAGAUCAGCCUGUGGUCCCUCGCCUAUGGCUCGGUGGUGCUGGUGGCUGUGUUCGGGAACGUCAUCGUCAUCUGGAUCAUCUUAGCCCACAAGCGCAUGAGGACGGUCACCAACUAUUUCCUCGUCAACCUCGCCUUCUCGGACGCCUCUAUGGCCGCUUUCAACACCUUGGUCAAUUUCAUUUACGCCCUGCACAACGACUGGUACUUCGGGGAGACUUACUGCCGUUUCCACAACUUCUUCCCCAUCGCCGCAAUGUUCGCCAGCAUCUACUCCAUGGCUGCCAUCGCUGUUGACAGAUGUAAGGCUAAGGGAUCUAUAGCUGCUGUUUCAGCUGUCUUUCCCUUCUUAAAGAAUGUGGUGACAUUUGAUAUAUUUCAAUCCACAGGAUUUAUUCCAGAAUCUAUAGACAUGGCAUCUGAUAACAUGGUUGUUAAAAUGAUGAUUGUGGUAGUGUUUACCUUCACCAUUUGCUGGCUGCCAUACCACGUCUUCUUUCUUGUGACCAAACAGCAUCCACACAUCAACAGCUGGAAGCCCAUACAACAGGUUUAUUUAACAGUGUUCUUGCUGGCAAUGAGUUCCAACAUGCAUAACCCCAUCAUAUACUGUUGUCUAAACAGCCGGUUUCGAGCGGGGUUCAAGAGGGUUUUUCAAUGGUGCCCCUUCAUUGAAUUUUCCACCUAUGACAAACUGGAACUGCAAUUGACCAGAUUUCAGCCCACUCGACAGAACAGCGCCUAUAUCAUCUCCCGCAUGGAAUCCAACAUGACGGUGGAGUUUGACACGUCUGAGAAUGAUAGUGCAGAGGCUGGCAGUAAAAAGGGCACGACUUUACAGAAUAUGAGUUUUAAUGGACACUCUCGACGUAACUCAAAGAACACUUCCAUAAGCUCAAGCUUCUUCAGUCAGGCAAACACAUCGUUGGACGAAUACUCAUAAAGCAGUAAAUUGUAUUUUUCCAUUAGUCGACUGGGCAUGCUUAACUGGUGCAGUUCAACAUGGAAGCUGAUUCCUUCGUAUUAGGAUCAGGUGGAGGCAUUAUUAUGACAAUUGACCAUGAAGUCAACACUGCUCCAACAAUGAAACUUGAAUCUAGGUUGAUGCUGCAUUGUCAGGAAUGCCAUCCUUUGAGUGAGAUAAUAGGUCUAUUUUUUAUGGUUUUUUUUUACCAUGUGUAAGCAGAACGUACUGCUCCAUUCCUGCUGUAGAUUCUGAACCACUGCGUAUAGUGCUGGCCAGAGUUCCUCCCAGCUUCAGGCAAGAGCCUCCACUGAUUGUGCAGACUGGGUCCCUAGUAGUUAUGUAGGUUCCUAUUGCACUGUUCAUGUUCCAAUAGAUUGUCAGGGUAUGUUUUGCCCAUUGCUUUGAGACAUAAGACAGCGUAGCCACUAGUCCUUAAAGGAAGCACUACAAACCACUCAAAGACCACAUUAUUAAGUAGUCAAUGAAGUAAGGAGGUGAGGGGGGUGGGUAGAGUUGUGGAGGCAGGAACGGCACAUUCACAAUGCCUGGUAGGUGUCUCACUGACAUAAAAAUCAUCCCCAUUAAAGAGAAGCCGACUUUGUUGUUGAGGUGUUCAUCAAAUUUACCCACCCUAUGGCACCAGUUGAAGAUGAGCAGAAAGUUGUCCUGGCCUCUCACCAUUCCUCAGCCAACAGCAGAUUAAUCAGAUUGGCUGAAUCUGGAAUUUUGUUGACUACAAUUUUGGCUGCCAUGCAUUCCAAACAAUAAAGCAAUGACUGCAGUGUUGAAACUGUGGAAUUUAUUGGGACUUUCUGUGACUAUGAGAGGAGCAAUCACACUGCAAGUUUGUUUCUUUCUUUUCCCUAUUAAAAUGGGAAGCAGAGUCCAUGGUGUACCCAGCACCUUUUACAAAUGCUCAGUAGCGUGUCUUUUUAUGUGCCAUUUUUGUGAAGUGUGUGAGUAUUGUUUUGUCAAAAUGGAAGUGGUCUGAGAUUUGAAACUAUAUCAGUUUCAAUAAUCCCUCAAGGAUUUUAAAAAUGAAUGCAGGGAUAAAUGUUUACUACUGGGAAUGUGAGGGUUAAGGAAGACAUGCUGAUUAGAGCAGUUACAAAUCGCCUGUAAUUUUGUUUAUUGCAUUACCCAAACUUCUCAAAUAAUUACCAAGAUUCCACGGUAACUCCAGUUCAGCUUUCCAGAAUGCUAACGGAAUAGGAUCUUGAGCUAGAUUUUCAGCCUUGAAAUCCCCGAAUGCAUUAGCAGCAAGAUGUCAUCAAGAGCUUGAAGUUGAGCAGAGGAUGAAAUUAGAUUUUUAACACUUAUUUUUCCAUGGGACCUGGGGAUCCUAGGCAAGGCCAGCGUUUGUUGCUCAUCCCUGUCCACCUUUGAACUGUGUGAUCUGUGAGACAAUUUGAGAGGACAGUUAAGGGUCAACUACAUAGCUAUAGGCCAGAUUUUGUUAUAUUGCUUCAUGGGAUGUGGGCAUCACUGACUAGACCAGCAUCUAGUGCCCAUCCCAGUUGCCCAGAGGGCAGUUAAGAGUCAACCACAUUUCUGUGGGUCUGGAGUCACAUGUAGUUCAAACCAGCUAAGGAUGGUAGAUUUCCUUCCCUAAAGGAUACUAGUGAACCAGACGGGUUUCCGUAACAAUUGAUGAUAGUUUCACAAGUCUCCAUCACUGACACUAACUCCCGCUUCCAGAUUUAUGUAGAAUGUGAUCCAAAACAAAAAAUGUCUGGGGACAGUACUGAAUCUAAAACAACGGGAGGCUUGGAGAACAGCAGUAAACCCAGUCUAUCCCUGUGAGAUAGUAUUCUAGAUGUUGCACUUAUCAGCUAGUUUCCAAUGGCAACUAUCACUGUUAGUAUGAAAACCGUCAGUCACAUUUCUAAGAUACUGCUGAUCUCCACACAAGAAAGCGAAAAGGCAUAUUAAUGUUACCUUUUGAAUGACAAUGCACAUCUAAGAUUCUAAAGGAUGACUGAAGUUUACUGGAUUCGUGAAAGUUUGAUUAUCACAAAAUGAAGACGUUCACCUUUUCAUAGUGGGAUUUGUAUCCAAAAUUAAUUUAAAAUCUCCUAACAGAUGACGAUGUUUCAAACUCACUCUGAAAUGAAGGCUGCAGGAUGCAGGAUAUUUAAUUGGCUGUUCUUGGUGUAAGUGGCAGUGUAUCAGCAGGUCUCUUCUGUGAACAAUUAUUCAGUAUCCAAGUGACAAGGAAGGACUGAGAAACUGUGAGAUUUCUUUUAACGUGACCUAUAAAAUCAGAGUUCUAAUGCAAUUGGCAUGAAAGAAGGGUAAUUUGCCACAUCUCUGGUUAGCAUCCACCAGUCCCGUCUCUCAAUAUUGAUUCUAAUAAUCAUAUGUUGAUAGUCAAAAGUGUGUUUGAUUCAUUAUGUGUGCAAGAUAUUAAGUACUGUAUGUAAACUGAGCAGACCCAUAUUAAUAUGCUAUUCUAUACAGGUAAAUGAUAGCUACUUGUUGAUACUGAGGCUCACUUAGAACAGUGAUCCACAAUUAAGUUAUAAGCUGCAAAAGUUCUUUCAUUCUCAUUUAUCUCCUUGUCCAUGUUAUGUUUGGUUCAACCUACCUGCAUAAGAUUUUGGAUAAGAACACAAAAAAGCUGUGGUCCAGCAUUACCGUUUCUUUUCAAAGCCAGCAUGUGUUGGCUUUCUCUUUUUUUAAUCAAAAUGCAAAUCACUGAAAAUGUUCAAGAUUUAAGGCUUUUUACAGUAUUUGUCUUGGGGUGUGGGUGUUGCAAGGACAGCAUUUAUUUCCCAUCGUUAGUUGCCUGAAAAGUUGGUGAUGAAUCACUUCCUUGAACUACUCAGUUAUAAGAAACUUAUUAGAACUGAGUAUCCUAUUAACCAGUACAGACAGCAGUUAAGAAUGUGGAACUGGAGUCAUGUGUAGGUCACACCAGAAAGGAUGACACCUUGCACAUUCGUGAGCCAAGUGGGUUCCCACAACAGUCAAAUGGCUUCAUGUUUAUAUCCAGACUUUUAAAAAAACCAUAAGAUUCAUAAACUGCAAUGACCAAAUUUGCAUUGGAUGCCCUGGAUUAACAAACCUACUAACAUAAUGCUAAACUACAAUAUCCAGCAAUGCUUUUAAGGGGCAUGAAUUCCAUUCACUGCUGCAUCUGCAGUUGAGCAGCUCAAGUCUCAAAACACAUCAUGUGAUGAACUUCUCAGGAGUUAAUAAUGUCCUAACUUGUUCCGAGAGCUGGAAUAUGGGAUAUGUUGAAUUUAUCAAACAGUACUGCAAGCAUGAAGACCAGCAGACAGCAAUUCUAAAAUAGAUAAUUAGUUUAUUUCAAACACAAACCCAAGGCUAUCUGGCUUCAUCAUGUUACCAAGGUGUUUAGUGAAGUCAGUCAUGACAAACAUACCAUGGGCAUAGUAAAAGCUUUGCUGGGAUCCCAAGUGCUUUAUUUUUUAUUUGUUGCUGAUAGGUGGGCAUUGUUGACAAGGCUAACAUUUAUUGGCCAUUCCUAAUUGCUCUUGAGAAGAUGGUGGUUAGACACGCCAGCUGCCUAAAGUCUGUUUUGUGGUGCUAGGAAGGGAUUUUGAAGAAUUUGAUCCAGUGACAUUGAAGGACGGUGAUGUAGCUCCAAGUCAGGAUGGCUUGUGACUUGGAGGGAACUCGUAGGUGGUUCUGUUUCUAUGGACAUGCUGCCCCUGGUCUCCUUUGUGGUGGUGCUACAGAAGAAGCCUUGGUAAACUUCUACAUUGCAUCUUGACAAUGGUACAUACUGCGACCAUGCCUUCUUUGUGGUGGCCAAUUUUUACUGGGUCUCCAUGAAGCCAUACUCAGGCAAAUGCUACCUUGGGGUCACCUCACGCCCGAAGUUCAGCUGUUCUGCCCAUGUUUGAAUCAAGGCUGUAUGAGGUCAGGAAUCAAAUGAUCCUAGCAGGAUCCAAACUGAACAUCAGGUUAUUGGAAGUGUUGCUUGAUAGCAUUGUUGAUGGCAUGUUCCAUAGCUUUCGUUAUAUUAGUGAAUAGACUGAUUUGGCAGUAUUUGGACAGAUUAGAUCUUUCCUAUUUCUGUUAACAGAACUUAUGUGGACAUUUUGUACUUUUCUUGUGUAGAUGCCAGUGUGCUGAACUGUCCUGAAGCAGUUCAGAGGAAUAGUCACUGGACCCGAAAUGUUAACUCUGAUUUAAUUUUCCCCACAGAUCCUGUCAGACCUGCUCAGCUUUUCCAGCAACUUCUGUUUUUGUCCUGAAGCAGCCUGGCUAGGAGCUUGGCUAUUUCUGGAGCAUGUCCCCAGCACAAUAGCUGGAAUGUUAUCUGGGCUCAGUUAUAGAAUCCCUACAGUGUAGAAGCAGGCCACUCAGCUCAUCGAGUCCAGACCACCCCUCCGAAGAGCAUCCCACCCAGACCCCCCCUACCCUAACCCUGUGUUUCCUAUGGCUAACCCACGUAGCCUGCACAUCCCUGGACACUCUGGCCAAUUUAGCCUGGCCUAUCAACCUAACCUGUACAGGUUUGGGCUUUGGCAUCCAGAGGAAACACAGAGAGUCGUCCAAGGCCGGAAUCGAACCCAGGUCCCUGGAGCAGUGCUAACUACUGAGCCACCGUGCCGCCUUACGUGAUAGUACUAUCUCUCCUUUUAGGAAGAAGUGAGUUUAAGUCCUACCCUAGGGCUUGAGUACUCCAUGCCAACAUUCAGCGCAGAACUGAGGGAGUGCAGCAUUGUCAGAGGUACUGUAUUUGAGGUUUUGUCUACCCCCUCAGGAGGAUUCAAAAGGCACUAUUUAAAAGAAGAGCAGUGGUGUUAUCCCCAGCGCCUUGACCAAUAUCUAUCUCUCAAUCAAUAUCAUGAAAACUAAUUGUGUGGUGAUUAGCACAUCAUUCUUUCUGGAGGCUUGUUCUAUACACAGUGGCUGUUGCAUUUUUCAGCAAGGACAAUAGUGGCAUCUCAAAGAUCUUUCUUUUCUCAUUGCUUUUGCUUUAUCUGGCACACUCAUGUCGCUGCCAAGCAUCCCAUAUAAAAAAAAGAUUUUGUGGUCAAAUACAAUUGGCCACUGAUAACGCUGGGUGCUGCAUGGAUAGCCAGUUUUGAUCAGCUAGAUCUUCUCUAACUGUAUCUCAUUUAGUCCAGUGAUGAGUUCAGGCAAUAUAACGGUGGAUGCUUGCAGCAUGAAGUUAGGACUUUGACUCCACGAAGACUUUAAUGGAGUGACGCAUCUUUGACUGGUGGGUUGGUGAGAAAGGUGAGCAGAUUUGUAGGUUCUUACUCACAUUGUGCAUCACAAGGUUUCGUCCACUCAGCAUUCCUCAGCGUUCCCAUGGACACUAACUUGAGGUACAUGGUGAAAACCUAUUUCAUUUUGAAGAAAGUACUAAACAACCAUUCACCAACCCACCCAAACAAUAUCAACCAAGUCAAGGGAUCAUUUAGAUCAAGGGUCAUCUGUAAAGGAGGUAGCUCUCUACAUGAUAUGAUUUAUGCCCCAGUCAAGAACUGGUCCAGUUUCUUGAAAUUCCUAAGGUUCCUUCAAUUUGUUUCUUGCUCCAGUCAACUGAGUUUCUGAUUUACACUCUCUGAUUUUCACUUCCACUAAAUGAGAUUCUCUUUUCCACCCUCUGCAGCAUGAUUUUGUAGAAUUUCCUCAAAGCUGCUUUUCAUUCUUUGUCCAUCUCAUUUUCUCAUGCCACAGCUCUCAAGAUCAUCCAUGGCUCUGAAUUUCCUUGGAACACAGCCAGUUAGACAGGUGAUAGUAAAUCUUGUUAUCUGCCUCACCUCCAACAGACUCACAGCUGAAAUUCAGGGCUUAGACAUUACCUAAUGUCAAACAAACGAAACAGCAUGACAACAGAGCAAAAACAUAGAAAAUAGGAGCAGGGGUAGGCCAUUCGGUCCUUUGAGCCUGCCUGAAACAGCUGAUGAUACUGGAGACAGUCACAUGCUAAAACAUUGUUUGAGCCACUCAUAUGUUCCUGAUUGAGUCUAUUCUACACUGGGGUCAGUGAGCACAGGUUAGGUGAUUAUAUCACUGGAUACCAAAAUUGUGUUUGCAGAGGUGACCCUGAACACUCUCAUUGCUUGUGAUUUCAGCCCUGUCCCAUUUUCACUGACCACUCGCGGUUUGGCGUUUAUGACGACUUCAGUGUGAGCUCAAGGAUCAGUUCCUUGUUUUACCACAAUUCACUUUGCAGUCCUCUGAUCUGAACAUUAACAUGAUCAACUUCAGGCUGCAAACACAGUUCCUUUUUACUCAUAGCUGUCGGUGCUGGGAUGAUGGUGUGUAUUUUUCUGAAGUCAGGUGAAGAAAGCAGUUUGUCUUGGUUGUUAGCCUGCUUUCUAUUUUCUGCCAGUCUCCUGGUUACUAAAUCUGCUCUGUCUUGCUAGAUUUUUGACCUUUCCUUUCUACCAAACCCUUUAAAUAUUCAAGCACUCUCCCUGCCUCACAUAUGCCUUUCCAUUGAUUUCACUCCUUUCAUUUCAUGUUAAAAACACACCUGCCAUUUAACCAUCUCUUGUCCUUCAUCCAAGCACUUAACAGGGUUGUUCUAUUUCUUUUCACAUGGAUAAUUGUAUUUCACUCCCCCUUAUCCCUUUCACUCAUUGUGUUCCUUUUUAAUUGCCACUUAUCUGUAAAGUUGCUUAGUCUUCAGGAAAAACAAGAUAAUCUUAACAGUUGAUGCUUAUUCAAACAUGUUAUCUAACAAGUUGAAUGUUUGCAGUUUUUUUUACAAUUAUAUUUAAUUGAUUUGCUUUGUAUAACCUGAUUGUUAUGUUGUAGUUAUGACUGCAUGCACCUGUACGAUGCAGUCAAAAGUUUCAAUUUCCAUGUAUUUGAACAUUAUCAUUGUUUAACUUGUGAUGUUUUCUUCUGUGUUUGAGCUACAGCUUUAACCUUCUAAAAAUGGAUUUUCAUUACAGCUUACAAUGUCUAUGUUGUGUAAUAUGAAGAGCAUUGCCACAAAUUUCUCUGUUGUAAAUUGCCAAAAGUUAUGAAGUGAAAUUGAGUAUUCCAAACAGUGUCGUUGUGUGCUUCAAUGUAGAUUCUGUGUCAAAAUGUGAAGCAUGCAAUUAGAUAUGUUUUGGUCUGUUUCAAAGUACCUCAAGUCAGAGUUUUAUGUAUUGUGUUGUUAUUUAAAAUAAAGCCAAAAAUGCAGAGCAA